UGCAACGUUUUCAGCUAACCCAAACACAAAACGUGAACUAUACUAUAUGUGUGUUGCCUAUUACCCAUACAUACAUGCUGUGGAUUGAAAAUGACCACAAGAGCCAUGCCAGUAGAGCAUAGGCCCUCAUGGGCCUCUUGUUAAAAAUAAACGUAAACUAGUUGGUUUAAAAAUCCCGCCGUCAGAUAUCGACAUCCACAUUCAUCACAGAGCAAAACGAAAGUACACUACAUGUAUUUUCUGAAAACGAAGAAUAUAGAACAUUUAAGACAACAUGUGAGUAACGUUAUUGUAUCUGCUUUUCAAGUUUUGUGUAUUCAUAUUCAUUCGGUUUAAUUGACAAAGGAAUAACGUACCGGACUCUUGAUGGUAGUAUGGUGUUUAUUGGAUUCCGACAUAGUACCUUAAGAUAACUGGUACAAGGGAAGUGAUUUUGAUAAUUGGACAAGAAACGGUUCAAGCAAUGGAAGGACUGAAGAAAUUGAAGGAAGACCUUGCUCGUUUUCCUUCUUUGUUUGACUGCGAAGGUGAUAUAGAAAAGGCUGUUCAUAACAAAAAAUCCAACAUUUUAAAUGUAACUGAAAGACUCGAGCUCGAGUUAGCGGAUGAAAAUGACAUGUAUAGUAAAACUAUAUUUUGUCGCACUCAUAAUUUGCUGACAUUUCUCUAUGUUCUACUUGAGAACUAUGAAAAGGCGAUUGAACAUCUCCGUGAGAGUGAAAAAGUGGAAUUAAGCCUUAUUACAAUCACGAAUCGAGCUUACAUGAAUUUGAAACGUCAGGAAAACCUACAGUGCAUUAAAGAUGACAUACGAAAACUAGAAAACUAUAACGAAAUGAAAGAAAUGGUUCUGGUUGCAAAUGCGGAAAUUGGGCAUGCAUUAACAAGAUUUGGAGUGCAACUCUACGAAAAAGCAGUAGCGAUUUUUUCUAGAGUGUUAAAGGAAGCACAGACCUUGCAAACUGAACCCUGCUGUCUUAGAUGGAAGGAAAACGUAUGUGUCUGGACAUUCAGCUUAGCGAUGACAAAGAAAAGAAUGGCACAUCUGACAAAUAACGUGGAAGCAUGCAAGCUCUCUGUAGAGAACUAUAAAGAAAUUUUCAAUCUUUACCAGAACAUCGUAAAUACAGAUGGAGCCACAGAGAGUGCUUACCUUAAAACAAUUAAAGGUCGUGCUUUAGCAGAAAUUGGACUUCUAGCGCAUAGUGUCGAAAGAAAUAAAUCAGUUUUCAAAAGAGGACUAAAAGACUUUUUUCCAACAAAAAAGCUGUCGUCUGUUAAUUUUAUAAACAGGGCUGUUGAUCUAAGCAAAUUCGAUGCGUUUGUCUUACAGAGAUGCGGAAAAUAUUAUCGAUAUAUCAGUUCUCAACAAGUCGGAUAUUUGCAUAAAUCCAUAGACCUCUUGCAACAAGCAGUUGACAUUAAGCCGACAAGCUUUGCUUACCAUCACCUAGCACUGUCAUUAAAACGUCAGCUUGAGAUGGAGAGUUAUAGGCCUGGUUCAGCCAUACGCACGAAAAAUGAUCAUGUGAGGCAACUAGAUUUUGAAACAACACAUGGUCAAAGUCUAGAAACUGCACCUUCUUACCCACAAGGAACGUUCGGAAAGACUUAUGAUUCUGGUUUUGAGUCCAAUUCUAGAGAUAACCCGUUUUGCCAUUUUAAAGAAAAAAAUAGUGCACAACAAAGCGGUACGGAAACCACAAACUCAAAUAAACAAGGUGCUUCGGCAAUGAGUUAUGAGUCUGGUUACUUUUCUCUGCCGUCCGAAUUUAGAAAUAUGUCUUUAGAGUCACCUGGGUCCAAUUCCAGAGUCAGUCCGCGUUGUUCGUUUGAAGAAAAAACGAAUACGCCACAAAGCAGCAUAGGUCAUCAAACACUAAGAAAUGAAACAUUUGAUAGACAUGAUUCACAGAGUAGAAUGGUUUUUGAUGGUCUUCACGGUGAACACUUUAGCAGGUCGUCUACGCGGAAAAAUUCAGCCCAGCACGGAAUGCGAAAACAACAGUUUGGUAGAUAUCCUGAUCAUAAUUAUGAAUAUCAAAAUUUGCCAUCUGAAAAAUAUGGCAGUUAUGCUAAACGAAACAACUUCCGUUGUAAUAGAGGGCAAAUAAACCAUAGUUACAACAGGAGUUUUUCUGAAGGCCAGCAAUACGGUCGUGGAAGAGGUUUUCCCUGCAAUUCGAGACAAGGAUAUUUUCGGGGUAGAUCAAUGGUUGAGAACUCUUCGUUCAACAAAACCUAUUUUGGACCACCAAGAGAGACAGUGCAUAUUAUGCAAAUGAUAAAAAGUCCAAAAAAGCCAAAACAUAUAAACCCGGAGGUAUUACCUGACCAGGCAGCCGAGAUUCAUAUCCUAUUGGACAAAGCUAUUGAAAUGGACAAUAUGGCAGCGCUCUACGACAAAGGAUUAUACCAUAGACAACUGGGUGACGCCAGCAAAGCUCUGGACGUAUUUAAGAAAUUGUUUUGCGACCAACGAUGUUCUUUGGUUCAGCUUUCAAAUUCAUACGAGCAAGCAGCACUUUGUAUCGCCGAAAUGUUAGAAUCAGCAGAUACGACAGACACAGAAAUGCUUAAGACAGAUAUGGUGCACUAUUUGAAAUACUGCGUAGAAAUUUCGUGCACGAUUGUUGCCAAAAUCCCCUGGCUUAAAGACUGUUGGGUAGCGGCACCGACACUCGAACAAUUCCUUGGAAGAAGGGGCAAAACAAAACAAACCCUAAAGGAUUUAUGUUUUCUUUACGAAAAAAUGGAAAACUACGAUGGCGCUAUUAAAAUUUUGAAUGAGUUGCGAACAAGUGUCCGAGAUGAAGGCGAGGAAAUUGAAGUAAUCGAUAAGUUGAUUAAAAACUAUUUCAAGAAAAAGGACUACAAUAGUGCCGCGCUUGCGUUUGACAUGAUCAUGUGUUUACCAGAUGGACACAGCAAAGUGAAUGGGAACUUGUACUUAAAGGUUCAUAUCGAGGGUGCGUUUGAUGCUUUGACAAAGGGUGAAACUGAAAUGGCUCGGCUAAGAUUGCGCAACGCUUUGGAUUUCAACCUGCAAUCAAAAUCCGUUCAUGGGGAACAAAAUGUGGAAGAUGAAUGCACAAGUGAUGGGUAUAACAUUUUCGUACUCUGCGAAACGGAGAAAAUAGAAUUGGGACUAUCUUUUAUAGGGAUUUUAGACAGCAUGGGUUUGUCUGUGACUUUGAAUGCAAUUGACGCUCUUCCGGGUAGGACAGAGUUGGAAGGUUUAGGUAUUGUUAUGAACUCUUCGAAGCAUUACAUAGCCUUGUUAAGUUCUGACCAACCUACUCCCGAAUUAAAACAUCGCUAUAGCAUGAUGCGGGGAGUUCUCGAAGAAAAGGAAUCUGGAAGCUUGAUUGUAAUUAAAACCAAUCCUGAUAUUCGAGUUCCGACGAUGUUCAAAGCAUCGCCUCAACUUACGUUGAACUUUGAAGAACUUAUGGAAGAACCUCAGAGUGUUAAUAUACAGGAAAUACUGUCUAAUGAUCCCAUGAGAGAUACAUUGAAAGACAUUCUCAUGACAUUGUCGGGAAAACCAUUAUGAGUGUCAAUUGCUUGAAGUAUGGUUUCGUUAUGAUAAAUUGCGAAGUUAAAUGCUAUAUUUUGAAUAGGAAUAUCGGACCAAUAUUAAUUGUACGUCAAAAAAUUCGGUUGGUUACCAUAUAUAAGGUCAUAUCAUCACCAACCAUUUAUUUUAUUGAAUGUUAUAUUUUAUGUUAUGUCUUUAGCCAUUGUCACCUUUCUUGUUGAGAAAUUGCUUACCACAGUUAACUAAAUUUGAUUAACCAUUUGCAUACACAUUUUUAUGCACCGAAGGUGGACAUUUUAUAAUCGCUUUGUCCGUCCGGUUUUUCGUGUCCGGUCUGUUUUUGUUUUUUUAGGAGAGGGAGUAAAAAUAACUUGGCAUUUGAGUUCGAUACGUAAAGACGACGUGUUGCGUGAAAUACACACGGAACUACUUCGAAGGUCACGCUCACACGUUCAGGUUUAUCAUUAUUUAAUGGUAUCCGUGUCCGAUCUGUAACUUUGUCAUGCAUGGAUGGAUUAUAAAAUUACCUGGGGCUGUGUUUGGUACAUCAAGACGAUGCGUCGCGUUGAAGACCGAGGUUCUUUCCUCAAAGUUCAAGGUCACACUUGAGUUUAAAUGUUUGGGCCGCUGCAUAUAUGCACAAAGUGUAUAGUUUGUCGUGUCCGGACUGUAACCUGAUCAGGCAUGGAAGGAUUUUAAAAUAACUGGUAAAGUUGGUUUGCCUGGGCUGUUACUUUGUCAUUGUUAUAUCUCAGGGUGUGAGAUGUCUAGUGGUUCAGGUGUCCGCCUCCUACCCAAGAGGUUGUUGGUUUGUGCCUCUCCGGGGGUUAUUUUUUCAUGGUAUCUCUAAAUUGACACCAGUACGGCUUUAUAUCCAGGGAAACAGACUCGAGCAUGAUUUUAUAAGAUAUGAGCUUUCGUCACAACCGAGCUCAAAUAAUUUAGUAUAAACUAACUGUUAUUCAUUGAUAUGCUCCUUACUUUACAAGAAACUGCAGUUUUCUUUAAGUUGAAGUUUAAUUAAUGAAAUAUUUCAAUAAAAGCCCAUAAGACACAGUCGUGUUUUGGAGCAGUGUUAGAAACUUACUCUACUUACGCAAAACUGCAUCUUCUGUAUUAAAUUUCAUUGCUAUAUCAUGAGAGUUUAAUCGUCGAUAAAUAAUAAAUGGUAUAAAACAAAUUAAU